AAUGUGGACUAGACAUGGCAGAUCCACAGUGACAGUUUUCAGCCCUCCAGACUCCACGUAAAGCACAUUAUUUUAACACUAGGGAUGAAAAGAUCGAAGUUGGAAACUGUUACUGACAGUGGUAGAAAAAAUCUGAUGACACGAGAUACUGCUGCAUCUGCCAGGAGAACACAUUUGUUAUGUGUAUUAAAAACCUUUGGACUGGAAGAAAGCAAAUACACUUUGACAGGACAUGCGGUUGUGUGUAAAAACACUGCAUUUGCAAAGGAGAAUAAACUACGGAACCAAAUUCCAUUAUGGGAAGAGUCCAGAUAGAUGAUUUUGUAGCUGGAUAUCUUGGGGGCGCUGCUAGUGUUAUUGUCGGACAUCCUUUGGACACUGUUAAGGCUCGAUUACAAGCUGGCCAUGGAUAUGGCAAUACAUUUAAAUGUAUUCUUAGAAUUUACAGAAAUGAAAAUGUUGCUGGAUUCUUUAAAGGAAUGUCAUUCCCUUUGGCAAGCAUAGCAAUUUACAACUCUGUAGUUUUUGGUGUUUUCAGUAAUGCACAAAGAUUUAUUAGCCAGCAUCGACCUACAGACAGAAAACGCUCCCCGGACAUCAUAGACUUAACUAUCGCCAGCAUGUUAGCAGGACUGGUUUCUGUUGGGAUUGGUGGACCUGUUGACCUGGUAAAGAUAAAACUACAAAUGCAAACACAAACAUCCCUCCCAGAAGGCAUGUCACUUAACCAGAAGACAUCACUCCUUUAUUAUCAAGCAACCUACAGAGGACCAAUACAUUGUGUGUACUGCAUACUGAAGAAAGAGGGCUUCACUGGAAUGUAUCGUGGAGCUGGAGCAAUGAUUCUAAGAGAUGUUCCAGGUUACUGUGUAUACUUUAUCCCCUACACAUAUAUCUGUGGGUGGCUGACCUUAGAUCAUCACAGCACCCCAAGUGCAUUCUCAGUGUGGCUAGCAGGUGGGAUUGCAGGAGCCAUCUCUUGGGGAACUGCUACUCCCAUGGAUGUUGUUAAGACUCGUCUUCAAGCUGAUAACUUAUAUAAACAAAAAUAUAAAGGAUUUAAAGACUGUAUUUCACAAAGUUAUCAAAAUGAAGGUCUUCAGGUCUUUUUUAGGGGAAUCACAGUCAAUGCCGUACGUGGAUUUCCAAUGAGUGCUGCUAUGUUUCUGACCUAUGAACUUUCGUUGAAAGCUUUGAAGACUAGAAAGGAAUCUGACUAGUAGAAACAUAGGCAUGAAGAGGUUGAAUACUACGAGUUGCAUGCUGACUGUUUGUUAGUUUCUUAUUGCCAAGAAAACUCCCUUGUUUGUUAAGGUAUUUAGCAAGGAAGCCAUAUAGAAGAACUUAUUCCUACCACACACUUAAUGAUAGUGAAAAAGGAAGGAAAGUUUUGAGUCGUUGCGUCACAGAGAUGAGGUCAAGAUCCUAAUCACACAUCUACAAUCAGAUAUCAGGAAUGUACUGUAGUCUUGUUCCAUUACUUUGUAUGUUACCAAAAAUAAAGAGGCUUAUGAAACAUGUGGGUUAAUAGUAUUUGUCUGUAAUUUCAGUGAACCUGAAAUAAUAAGAAUACCUUUUUAUGUCAUGGGUUUACCAAUAAAUUUUUUGCAAUGCUCUAAUUUUAUUUCCCAAA